GGCGGCUUGUUGCGCUGCUGCUGGUUGCAGUUUUGUACGCUGGAACUGGUUUCUUCAUUCAGCGUCAGUGCUCUGGUGAGAUCGGAUCACCUCGAACGGAGUGACCGCUACAAGGGACAUACAGUUUUAAACAGUGAAGAUCUGUGCAGUGUAGAAAGGUGUAACAAACAGUAGAAGCAGAACAACCAACCUUCUUCGAACGCGCAACAAACGAGCAAUCGUUUAUUUUAUUUGCUGGCGGUUACCAUUGUAUGGCACAUCGCCCCGUCAGUGCAAUGUCUCGUCAAGAAUCUGAAAUGAUCAACCGUAGCCGCCGUGCUCUGUCCUCGGGCGCGCUGACCGACUCGAUCGAGAAGCUGCGACACAUGUGCCUUGCCCGUGGUGCCUCGGGUAUCCUGGGACUGGGACGCUGUUUCCGCCGCAUGGACGACGACGGCAACAAGCAGCUGAAUCUGGAAGAGUUUAUCAAGGGUCUGCACGACACUGGGCUGGACAUUUCGGCCGAGGAAGCGACAGAAAUGUUUAACAAAUUUGAUACGGACGGUAGCGGUUCGAUUAACAUGACCGAGUUUUUGGUCGCGAUUCGUCCAAACAUGUCCGAGUCCAGAGUCAACAUUGUGCAGCAAGCUUUUGCAAAGCUGGACAAGACCGGCGAUGGAACGAUAACGAUCGAGGAUUUAAAGAAUGUGUACUCUGUGAAGAACCAUCCACUGUACAUCAGUGGAGAGGAGACGGAGGAUGUCAUCUUGCGGAAGUAUUUGGCAAACUUUGAGGAGAACGGCAAUGUGGACGGCUCCGUGACCAAAGAGGAGUUCCUCAACUACUACGCCGGAUUGAGCGCCUCGAUCGAUUCGGAUGCGUACUUUGACCUGAUGAUGCGCCAGGCGUUCAAACUGUAGACACGCCUGUGCCGUUUACGUACAACUAAUAUUUAAUCGUACCACUCCCCCAUGGCCCAUUUUUUAUGUACCCAGCAUACAUCUUAUGUAUUAGAUUGGUUCGAUCAAACGACUACCGGAAGUGAUUCCGAGUUUUUACACACACACAUACACCACUCUUAACUACUACUGCCUUGAGAGAUGAGCAGCAGGAGCAAGAUGAACCAAAGUGAGGAAACAGGAAAAUUCCUGCACGCCGGGAAGUCGUCGUGGCCAGCUGAUGAUGAAACUGUGCUGCACCCGGAAUGAGCAAGACACGCAAACGUUUUCCGAUUGUUGUUGAAACACAAAUCAAUGCACAAGUGUUUACUUAACGAUUAAUAAACAUACAGUUUUAUGUUUCCGAGUGAAAA